UCAGGUCAGUUACAGAUUGCCUCUCAAGAUGUCAACAGAAAUUCAAACUGCACCAGAUUUGAGAGUAAAAUUCAGCAGAGGGGUUCAUAGAUAUGGAAGAGACCAAGAUCAAUGUGAAAUAGAGACGUUGGACGAAGGAAACCAACACUCUGAUCAGGACUUACAACGAACUGAGAAAAACAACAAGAAGAACCUCCCAGCUGUGAAAAGAAACUGUUUCAGAGUUUUCAACGUGUUCCUGGGAGUGUUUUAUCUUCUGGUUCUGGUUGGAUUCAUCAUACGCUCUAUUUUACUCACCUUGGAAGUCAACCAGCUGAAGACCAAACUCAUCCAACUGAAUAACUACAAUCAGCUGCUCAACAAUGUUUCUGGAGAGUGUCCUGAAGGAUGGAGAAGAUUUGGAUCCAGUUUUUACAAAAAAUUCACUGAGAGUAAAACUUGGUCUGAGAGCAGGAGGGAGUGUGAGAAAAGAGGAGCUGAUCUGGUGAUCAUAAGCAGCAAAGAGGAGCAGGAUUUUGUGGGACAACUGGACACAAAUGAAAACUCCUGGAUUGGUCUGAAAGCUGAAUGGUCACAAAGUAAACAGAUAUUUGAAUGGAAAUGGGUGGACGGAUCACCACUGACAACAACGUUCUGGGCUGCAGGAUGGUCUCAACAUCAGUAUAACCAACAACAAUAUCCUGCACUGUGUUGUACUACUGAAGGGAAAUGGAAAUCUUCAUAUUACAAUACCAAUAAAAACUGGAUCUGUGAGAAGAAAAAACAAGAUUUCAUUGUUUAAUUGUGUUUCGUGUGUCAUUUAUAAAUGUGGUUAUUCUGAACUGUACAGGGUAGUGAAGCUGUCAUCAGAACUACAGGAGAACUUGAUAAUGCUGAAGUCAAAUAUAAUGAUUGCAAAUAAAUAUAAAUUAAGCUUUUAUUCACUUUGUUUACUUGGGUUGUUUUAUUUUUUUGUGUGAGGAAUGAAGAGUUAUCAGCUAAAAUAAUUGUCUGUAUUCUGCUACAUUUACAUAAACAUUUGUCGUCCUGCUUAAUUUUCCCCAAAACCCAUCAGAAAGUAUAUUAACAAAAUGCAAAGUGUAUUUCAACAGAGGAAGAAACAUCAAUAAACAAGGAAACUUGACAACAGUUGUUGGAUUAAAUGUUUUGGAUUAAAUGUUUCAGACACAAAGUCUAAAGUUACAAAUUAGUUGUUUUUAACAUGAAAGUGUUUAAAUUAAAGAUACUAAAAUACAAGAACAUGAGGAUGUUCAUGAUGUUCAAAUAUUUGUAAAUAAAG